AUGACAAAGAAGGGCAGAGUUCCUGAUGCUUAUUCUGGUGGAUUUCUUUCCACCAUUGAAUCAACCGGAGCAGGUAGUUCUGGGUUGACAGGGCAGGGUAGCAUGAACAUAUCCAAUCACCGGGAUUCAAGUACCACCAGCAAGAAAUGGAUGAAGCUGCUCUCUGCAUUACGGGGGCUUAGGGCACUUCAUAAGAGACUUGACCUUCAUAGUACUCAUGGUGUAACAAUUUCAUCUUCAAGAAUAAAACCACGAGGUGCAAAGAACAAGGGGACUUUCAGUCCGGUUCUUAGGAAACAGUGUAAGAACUUGUUGAAGAAGCUGAUGUUGCAUCGACAUGGUUGGGUGUUCAAUAAACCCGUUGAUAUUAUUGAAUUCAACAUUCCAGAUUACUACGAUGUGAUCAAGAAUCCCAUGGAUUUUGGAACUAUAAAAGAAAAACUUGGAUCAGACAAAUAUUCAAGCCCAAUGGACUUCCUUGCUGAUGUAAGACUUACUUUCACCAAUGCCAUGACAUAUAACCCUCCAGGCAAUCAUGCCCAUGUCAAGGCAGUUGCUCUCAGGAAGGUGAUGCAUCCAUCUAAAAAGAGCAAGAUUAAGGUGAUGCAUCCAUCUAAAAAGAGCAAGAUUACCAUGGCGAUGAUUGAUGAAGAGAAGCAUAAUCUCAGUAGGGAUCUGGAAGUUCAUCUGGAAAAUCUGCCAGAUCAGAUCAUUGAUUUUCUCAAGGAACAUGCUUCAAAUGGAAAUGAAACUGGCAAGGAUGAAAUUGAAGUUGAUAUUGAUGAUUUUGACUAUGAUUCCUUGUUAAAAUUACGCAAGAUGUUGGAUGAGCAUGUGCAAGAUAAAGGAAAUUAUACAGAAGUGGAAACUUCUGUUAUUUCAAUAGUGGCAUAG